AAGUAAAGCUACAAGAGCUUAUGCUGGACAAUAUCAUACCAUGGUGGAGAACCGUGAUUAUUAAUAUGUACCAUUUUUUUCAUUUUAAAGUCGAUUGUAUUUAUCUAAUAUGAUUAAAUUGUCGAAUUUUAACAGGAAGAUAAUGGCUGCCAAUGGAGAUAAGCACAAGAUAAGUUGUGCGAUGGAUCAUAUCAUAGACGCUCAGUUGAAAGGUGAGAUAAGUGAAGAGAACGUGAUUUACAUCGUAGAGAACAUCAACGUGGCAGCGAUAGAAACGACAUUGUGGUCGAUGGAAUGGGCAAUAGCGGAGUUGGUGAAUCAUCCAGACAUCCAACACAAGAUUCGGGAGGAGCUAAAGAAUGUCCUAAAGGGAAAGGAAGUGAGUGAAUCGAAGCUUCAUGAGCUGCCAUACUUGCAAGCAACGGUGAAAGAGACGCUGAGGUUGCACACUCCAAUACCGUUGUUGGUGCCACAUAUGAACUUGGAAGAAGCAAAGCUGGGAGGGUACACCAUCCCAAAGGAGUCGAAGGUGGUGGUGAAUGCAUGGUGGCUGGCAAACAACCCGGAGUGGUGGAAGAAUCCAGAAGAGUUCAGGCCAGAGAGGUUCUUUGAGGAAGAAAGUGGGACGGAAGCUGUUGCUGCAGGGAAGGUGGAUUAUCGGUUCUUACCAUUUGGAGUUGGAAGGAGGAGUUGCCCUGGAAUUGUGUUGGCAAUGCCAAUCUUAGGGCUCAUCCUUGCCAAAUUGGUAUCAAACUUUGAAAUGAAGCCUCCAAGUGGGAUGGAGAAGGUCGAUGUGACCGAGAAA